GUAGCCGUGCCUAAUGUAAGCCAGUCUGCAGUUUGGUCGCGAAGGACGGACAAAAUGCGGAGCCGCAGUAACUCCGGUGUCAAACUUGACAACUAUGUACGAAUGGUGCAAAAAACGAUCCUCUGUUACCAGGACCCAGUGACCGGCCUCUUCCCCGCCAGCACAGACAGCCCAGAUGCCUGGGUUCGAGACAAUGUGUACUCCAUCCUGUCAGUAUGGGCCCUUAGCCUGGCCUACCGCAAAAACGCCGACCGAGAUGAGGACAAGGCCAAGGCCUAUGAGUUAGAACAGAACGUGGUCAAGCUGAUGAGGGGUUUACUGCAGUGCAUCACGAGGCAGCUGGACAAAGUUGAGAAGUUCAAAUAUAGCAAGAGAUGUUCAGACUCCCUACAUGCCAAGUACAACACACACACCUGUGCCACAGUGGUGGGGGACCAUGAGUGGGGGCACCUACAAGUUGAUGCCACGUCCAUCUUCCUGCUCUUCCUGGCCCAGAUGACUGCCUCAGGGCUACAUAUUGUCUAUACCAAAGAUGAAGUGGAUGUGAUCCAGAACCUAAUGUUUUACAUUGAGGCGGCAUACAAAGUGGCGGACUUUGGAAUGUGGGAACGAGGAGACAAGACGAACCAAGGAAUUCCAGAGAUCAAUGCAAGCUCUAUCGGCAUGGCCAAGGCUGCGUUGGAGGCCCUGGAUGGACUAAACCUGUUUGGUGCCGAAGGGGGUCCAGAAUCAGUGGUCCAUGCUCUGGCAGAUGAUGUCCAGCAUUGCCAGUCCAUCCUCAACUCAAUGUUGCCCAGAGCCUCAAACUCUAAAGAAGUGGACGCGGGCAUUUUGUCUAUAAUAUCAUACCCUGCCUUUGCGGUGGAGGACAUUGAUAUUGUCAACAUCACCAAGGAAGAGAUCAUCUCCAAGCUCCAGGGCCGUUAUGGAUGCUGCCGGUUCCUUCGAGAUGGAAAUAAAACCCCUAAAGAGGACCCCAGCAGGCAGUACUACGAGUCCUCAGAGCUGAAGCUGUUUGAGAACAUUGAGUGCGAGUGGCCACUUUUCUGGACCUACCUCAUUUUGGACGGCAUCUUUAAUGGCAGUCUAGAGCAGGUGCAGGAGUACAGAGAGGCUCUGGAUGGGAUUCUGAUCAAGCAGCAGGAUGGACUGCGUGUGGUCCCGGAGCUCUACAGCGUCCCUGCUGAUAAGGUGGAUGAGGAGUACCUUAACCCCCACUCCGUGGAGAGGGUCCCCAUGGGAAAAUGUCCUCUGAAAUGGGGGCAGUCCCUCUACGUCCUGGGGAACCUGCUGGCUGAGGGGUUCCUGGCUCCGGGAGAGAUUGACCCCCUGAACAGGCGCUUCUCCACUGUCCCAAAACUGGAUGUGGUAGUGCAGGUGUCCAUCCUGGCAGAGACCGAGGAGAUUAAGCAGCUCUUAGAGAAACAGGGCAUCAAAGCAGAGACUAUGGAGGAUGUCCAUCCGAUCAGAGUGCAGCCUUCCCGGGUCCUGAGCCACAUCUACGCCCGACUCGGGAAAAAUCAGAGACUGGGUCUGACAGGAAGGCCUUAUCGGCGUAUUGGCGUUCUGGGGACGUCCAAGUUCUACAAGAUCAGGAACACAAUCUUCUCAUUCACCCCCCAGUUCAUAGAUCACCAGCAGUUCUACCUGGCGUUGGACAUCCACAUGAUCGUGGAGAUGCUGCGCAUAGACCUGGCCUACCUGUGUUCCCGCUGGAGGAUGACCGGCCGCCCCACUGUCACCUUCCCCGUGUCUCAGGCCAUGCUGACUGAAGACCAUAACGACCUGAAUCCAGCAGUACUGGCAGCUCUGAAGAAGCUGCAGGAUGGUUACUACGGGGGAGCCAGGGUCCAGACAGGAACGUUGUCAGAGUUCUCGAACACAUGCUGCUGCGCCCACCUGACCUUCAUGGACUGUGAGGUAGAUGACCUGGCGCAGUAUCUGGACCAACUGCUGUCCAUGCCCAAAGAGAGCGUUAAGAUCAGUGCCACCAAGGGAGGCCUGAACCGCUUCCGCGCGGCCGCCAAAAAGACCCGCGAGAUGGUGUCCCUGGUGCACAAGGCCAGAGAGCUCAGCAUCCACAACGUUCACAUGUACCUCCCCACCAAGCUGUUCCGUCCUCAGCCGGGCCUCAACCUGGUAGAGUCUGGGAGUCAGGGCUCUGAUGUAACAGUCACACUCCCCAGUAACCUGCCCCGGGAAGUGGAUGGGUCGAUAGACUACAAUGCCCUGGUGCAGAUGCUGAAGCUGUCUCAAAACCUGCAGGACCAGGCAGACAUCCUUUACAUUUUCUUCAAAGACAAGGGGAUGGACUGGGACACUAAGCUGCACGGGCGGGGCAGUACAGUGCGGAAGCUGCUCUACAAUCUCUACGAGAAGGCGGGGUCCCUGCGGCACUGGGGCCUGAUCCGCAUGACCUCCGGCAUGCUGCGCAAGAAGGUGGAGGAGCUGGAUGAGGCAUGCUCAGACUUACUGGCACAUCAGAAACACCUGACUGUGGGCCUUCCCCCUGAACCUCGAGAGAAGACCAUCUCAGCUCCGAUGCCCCCAGACAAGCUGGCCAAACUGAUUGAUCUGGCUAGCGAGAACAACAUCACCAUUGCCAUUCUCACACAGGAGAUCAUGGUUUUCCUGGCAAUGAUCAUCCGCACACAGCCUGGCCUCUUCAGCGAAAUGUUCCGCCUGCGCACUGGGCUCAUCAUUCAGGUCAUGGCCACUGAGCUCACCCAGUCUCUGAACUGCUCAGGGGAGGAAGCCACAGAGCAUCUGAUGAAUCUCAGCCCUUCUGAGCUGAAGAACCUGCUGCACCAUAUCCUCAGCGGCAAGGAGUUUGGUGUCCAGCGAAGUGUGCGCUCCGUAGGGUCAGCUGUUAGCCCGGCCAUUUCCAUCUAUGAUGCCAGCAGCAAAACUACCAGCAGUGAGAAAGCUGGCAUGAGCAAACUGAAGAGCGACGUGAAGAUGCCUGUUUCUGUGCACUCUUUGGAUAUCGACAACAUUGAGUCUGGGAGGUAUAGGCUCCCGUCCAUAGAGUCCUUUGACGGCUCUGUGCUGUCGGCAGCGGGGCGGGACAGCAGGCAGGGGCAGUGGCUGCGAAGGAGGCGGCUCGACGGCGCCCUCAACAGGGUGCCCGUGGGAUUCUACCAGAAAGUGUGGAAGAUCCUGCAGAAGUGUCAUGGCCUCUCCAUCGAGGGGUUCGUCCUCCCCUACUCCGCCACGAGGGAGAUGACCCCUGGAGAGAUUAAGUUUGCGGUGCAGGUGGAGACGGUGCUGAACCGCGUGCCUCAGCCCGAGUACAGGCAGCUGCUGGUGGAGGCCAUCUUAGUGCUCACCAUGCUGGCCGAGGUGGAGGUGGACACCGUGGGCAGCAUCAUCCACGUGGAGAAGAUCGUUCUCAUGGCCAGUGAGCUGUAUUACCAGGACCAGAAAGCCCUGGGAGCUGGUGAUAACCUGCUGGAUAAGGACCAGUCCACUGGCAUUUGCAGACAGCUGUACGACAGCGCCCCCAGUGGCCGCUUUGGGAGCAUGACCUACCUAACCAAGGCUGUGGCCACCUAUGUCCAGGACUUCCUGCCCAGCGGUGCCUGUGCACUGCAGUGAGGCUGCACUAAAUGCAGUCAUUUUAAAGCUCACCAAGGUGGUGACUCCCAUAACUGCAUGUCCCCUCCCCUCGCUCCCUAACAAAAGGAUCAUGGCAGAUGUAGUCUUAAGUGACAAGUCAUAUAAAUAAAUGAUGACCAGUGUCGGUUAUGUUAGUUUUCUUAAUCCAUACACAAUGGGGAAUAUGGGGUCAUAGAUGCUUAGAUACUUGCAUGUAUGUAUUCAUUAUUUUAUUUAUAUAUGUAUAAUUUAAUAUAUUUAUGAAAUAUAUUGAUUAUUUAGCUUUGUUUUGGGGGAAAUUAUGCAUAUUAAAAAAGCACCUCUAAAGCUGCAUAGCACAUUCUAUUAUUAACUGCCAGUGGACUGUAGAUUUUAGUUCAUAUUUUAGUAGUCAGUGAUAAACCAUUUGCUUUAUUUCACAUCUUUAUGAAUUGCUACAUUUGGCACUAUUAAAAUGUUUUCUUUUGUGUUCUUAAUCACAUAAAUAUUGAUUAAAUUGGCAAAAGAGAGAGCA